GGGGUAAUUUCGUUUAUUUUUGUUCAAAAUCGGCUCAUUUUCGUUCAAGAACACAAAAUAUGGAUGGUGCUCUUCGUCCGGAAUUUCCGUUAAAGCCGAAUUGCGUCAAUUUCAUUCUGGGGCGGUAUAUUUUCCGAAAUCCAAAACCUUAGGCGGGGAAGACGGCGGUAUUGCUCCUUAAUGGAGUAAUAUUUUUAGAUUCUUUUAAUUUAUGGAGUAUGGAUGGCGUACGUGCUCCUGUCCUGUGUACGUGUACCAUUCGUAGUACUAGUUGGUUGAUAAGAUGGCAUGUACAAUGGUUGAUAAAAUGGUCUUAUCUUAAGUCUUGCAUGUAAUUUAGAGAUGAUAGAAAUAUUUGUCUACAAUGGGUCAAUGCUGCUGCUAUAUAAGAGCAGCCUCCAGCUUGGAUCUCUCCAUCAAACCAAGCCAUCCAGCGCAGGUGCUUAUUAACCAAGAGUCCAAGAGCCAAGGAGACAACCAGCAGAUCGACAACAACAUGGGGUGCAGCAUGAGCCGCCUCCUCAAGACCACCGUCACGCUGAUCAUCCUCGUCCUUCUCCUCAUGCCCGGGGCCUUAGCCGCCACUAGCUUCGAUGCCUCACGAAGCCAACAGCUGCCGCUGCCGCGUGGGACGGUCCACGGGCCGGAGAGCGUCGCCUUCGACGGUCAAGGCCAGGGCCCCUACAGCGGCGUCUCUGACGGCCGUAUCCUCAAGUGGAACGGCGAAAAGCUAGGAUGGACUACCUAUGCAUAUGGACCCGGCUACGAUAGCAGGACGUGCACGCCGUCCAAGUUCAGCCCGGAGACUGAGACUGCCAGGGAUUGCCGCUGCGGCCGUCCGCUCGGCCUACGGUUCAACCAGAAAUCGGGUGACCUCUACGUGGCCGACGCAUACAAGGGGCUGAUGCGGGUUGCGCCGGGCGGCGGGGAGGCCACCGUGUUGGUCAACCAGGUUGACGGUUUUCCUCUGCGCUUCACCAACGGUGUUGACGUCGAUCAAGUUACGGGUCAGGUCUACUUCACCGACAGCUCGAUGAACUAUCAAAGGUCGCAGCAUGAGAUGGUCACUCGCACUGGGGACUCGACGGGCCGCCUCAUGAGGUACGACCCAUGGACAUCCGAUGUCACGGUGCUCCAGGCGGGCAUGACGUACCCCAACGGCGUCGCGCUCAGCGCCGACCGCACUCACCUCGUGGUCGCAUCUACCGGACCAUGCAAGCUGCUGAGGCAUUGGAUCAAAGGGGUCAACGCAGGCACAUCGGAGCCUUUUGCCGACCUGCCCGGCUAUCCAGAUAACGUGAGGCCCGACACCAAAGGAGGCUAUUGGGUGGCGUUACACCGCGAGAAGAAUGAGUUACCCUUUGGUCGUGAUAGUCAUCGUCUCGCUGUCAGGGUCGGUAACGAUGGGAAGAUAGUCGAGGAGAUGAGAGGGCCAAAGAAGGUGAGGCCCACCGAGAUUAUGGAGAGAGCAAAUGGCAAAAUCUACUUGGGUUCGGUAGAGCUUCCUUAUGUCGGCGUUGUUAAGCGCAAGUAGAGAACUAU